AUGGCUGCUGUUCUUCAGACUCAACAUCUCGGGACCAUCCAAGGGAAAACUGGAGAUGGUGUGACACAGUACUUGGGGAUCAAAUAUGCCAGUCUCAAAAAUAGACUGGCGGACGCCGUUCCAAUCGACAGUCGUGAGGGGAAUACUUUUGACGCGACCAGAGAUGGACCUACAGCUGUCUCGCUCCCAAUUGGAUGCGACUUGGAAUUAAUGCACGUUCAGCACACUCUGCCCAAAAAGCAGCUCCUUCAGUCAGACGUAGACUGUCUAAACCUCAACAUCGCUGUUCCAGUCACCACAACAGCAUCUUCUCGGCUACCUGUUUUCCUGUUUAUACAUGGCGGGGGUCUCGUUAUUGGCGCAAAUUCGUGGCCCCAAUUCGACUACACUCGCCUUGUCAAGUUGUCAGUGGAAAAGAAACUUCCUAUCGUAGCGGUUUCUAUAAAUUAUCGACUUGGGGCCUUCGGAUUCUUAACAUCCGAGGAGCUGCGCAAUGCUGGAUAUAAAGCAAACAAUGGCCUUCGUGACCAGCGCGUGGCUAUCGAAUGGGUGAGAAAGCACAUCCACGAGUUCGGGGGAGAUGCAGACAACAUCACGGUGGCAGGAAUGAGCGCGGGUGGAGCAUCCGUGACCUACCACUUGAACUCCGAAGAAGCACUCUUCAAGCGAGCCAUUGCAAUGAGCGGAACGUAUUUUCUGAGCCAGCCUUUACCAUACGAAGUACACGAGCAGAACUACCAGAAAGCGAUCUCGGCUCUAGGGCUGUCGAACAGCAGUAGUCCCGAAGAGAGAAUCAAGGCACUACUUGAGAUGCCGGGCGCUGAUGUCGUUGCUCAACUACCCCCAUCUAUUCUGUCCUCACCCGCAAUCGAUGGCGACAUUGUUCCAUCUGCCCCUUCACAUUCGGACACGGCGAUUGCAGCAUCGGACGUCCCAAGGGGGAAGAAUUGGUGCGAAGACUUGAUGGUUGGAGAUGCCCAGAUCGAUGCGAGCAUUAUUGCUUUUCUGUUCCCCGACACCAAGAAGGGCUGCGCCAGAAAGUUCGUCAAAGCCGUGAACACCGCUAUCUCAUCGCAACCAGCCGUAGCGGAGCAGAUUGUAAAAUCAUACGGGGUCGCAGAGGAAGCCAGCGAUGAAGAGGCUUACCCUGGUAUUCUAAAUUUCAUCAACGAUGUGCUAUUCUUCUCUCCGGCCUUGACAUUUGCGCAAGGAUGGAAGGGAAACGCGUACGUAUACUACUUCAACGAAGGGAAUCCAUGGGAAGGACAGUGGAAAGGUAGGACAAACCACAUUUUGGAUCUGGCCUACCUCUUCCAAAACUUCCGAGAGUUCCUAUCUCCAGAACAGCAAGCGGUUGCGACUGCGUUUGCCGAGGACUUCUUCAAGUUCUGCCAUGGGCAAGCUCCGUGGCCUGCUAUUACCAAAGGGACUGUAUCCAAGGGAUUCACUGCGAGACGUUACGGGCCAACCUCUGAAGCUACUGCAGCAGGAACAGUGGCGCAGGCUUAUGGGGGAGAAAGUCGCCGGCGACCAAACCUUUAUGACUAUACGGACCAGGUUUCGCUUGAUGAACUGGCGAAGGUGUUUAACAUUUUCAUGACGCUAUAA